AUGAUCUCCACCCUCCCUCCGCCCCGCCCCGUCUCCGUCAACUCCCUCGCCAGAGUCUCCACCGUCGCCUCCAUUCCCUUCUCCAAAACCACCCGCAGCACCAGUGCCGAAAUUCAACUCCCCGAUGGCCUGCUGCCCGAUCUCCUGGACCAGCCGGCCUGUCAGGACUUGGAGGAACCCGUCGUGGAUGGCUCCAUGGUCCAUGACGAGGAGGAACCCAGCCUAGACGCCGCCCCACGUCCCUCCCGUCCCGAGAUCCAGUUCGAGAAUCUACCCAUCGAGAUCCACGAGGCCGUCUUGGAUUACCUCUUCGGUGAGCGCACCUCCGCUUACACCGCUGCGGGACCGGGAAAAUCCACCACGCGAACCUGGAACAAGUCCCUGCGACACCCCCGACGGAAGGUCUUGUCCAAUCUGUCCCUCAUCUGUCCCGUAUGGCGCUGGCUGGUCCAGAGUCGGAUUUAUCGACAUAUCAAAAUCAAAGGCACCACCGACGAACUGGCCGAGAGCGCCAGAUGGUUCCAAUCCCAUCCCUACCUGACCCCAUACGUCCGCCACGUUGAAUUCUGGAUCCCCGUCUGGGGCAAACGGGUCGCCAAAACCCCCGCCCACCACGCCCCCGCCCGACGGCAUGUGAUGGAGCACAAUGGGCUGGCCGAGGUGGCUGCCCUGCAGACCACCGUCGCCUGGGAGGACACCGACGGUCACAACGAGUACAAGUACCACUAUUCCAGCCAGAAUGCCACCCUGGAAGAGAUUCUGCGCCACGUGCAGACGUCCUUUCCCGAUGCCUGUCUCUUGACCCUGGAGGGCGGCCACUGUAAGCGCCCGCCCAUGGUCCGUCACUUUCGCGACGAUCCCACCGGCCAGUCCGGGCGGUGGCUGCCGGUGCUCCCGGGCAUCCAGACCCUGGUCAUGCGGGGCGCGUGGAACAUCAUGCGCGAGUACCGCCACUGGAACAGUCUGUCGCUGGCGCUGCCCGGCGUCCGCGAGUGGCACUGCGGAUACGCCAAGCCCAAGAUCGAGGGAUACGAGACGGUCGCACACAUCCUGCGUCGACUCCCGUCGGCGCUGGUCCACAUGAACAUCACCCUGGAGGGCUUCCACAACAAGGACACCUCUCAGUCCGGCUGGCUGGGCGACGGCAUCAACCCGCCGCAUCUCUGCCGGCUGCUAGGGGAGGUCGCCCCUCAGCUGGAAUCGCUGGCCUUCACGGGAAAGGUCUGCGCGGGUCUGUUCCGCGCGAUGCGGACCGCCGCCAGCACGUCCCCCUCCAAGUCACGACUGAAGACGGUCGACUUCGUGGUGAAGAACUGCUGUCGUGAGAAACGCACCGCGCCGGGGCUCCCCUUCUUCGACGACUUCUCCGGGAUCACCAACCUCAACUUCAUCCACUCCUUCGAGAAGCUCGUGGUCGGCGCCGUGCACAGCCUGCAAGUCCACCCCGCCCUAGACUACCUCCGGAUCCGCUUCAUCGACCUCGACUCGGCCUGCCCACCCCUCAACCCUUACUUCCAACUAAUCGGCACGCAAUGCACAGGCCUCUGGAGCGAGCACAUCCUCGAGACACUCCACGACGCCCGCCCGGAAGCGUACUUCGCCGAGCUCGCCGACGGCAUCUACCCGCAGUACGGACCCAACCGACAGAUCGUAGGCGCCGUAUACCCGCGCACCCGACCGUUGAGCAUCCACGCACGAACAUAUAAGAUUAUCGCGGACGUAUCUAAGGCUUAG